ACCACCCAUCAUUACACCCACCACCUAUCAUCACACCCACCAACCAUCACCACACCCUCCAUUCAUCAAGGUGUUCCUUCAGGCACGUUCUCUGGCCUACACGACUUCCUGGAGGUAACACUCUACGACAAUCACUUGAGUGAGCUGCCGGAGGGAACCAUACACUUCGUCAGCGCUGGACGCCAUUAUGUGGAAAUUCAAAUGAACAACGUCAGUAAGGUUGCCGUCAACGCUUUCUCAGGUCUGGGCGCUGGCGAUGGCAUCUUCAUGUGGGGGAACCAGUUAACGGUCAUAGAGGAAGAGGUGUGGCAGCCGUUGCUACUUGACGAUGUGCAACUGUUUCUCGGAGGUAAUCCUCUGUUUUGCGGCUGUGACAUUGCCUGGAUUGUGUUAAACCCCACCUUUCUCAACCUUAUCGCCAGUGACACCACUUGUGCUACUGGGGAGCUGCUGGUGGACCUUGACCCUACCUUUUAUGAGGAAAACUGUUGAGUGGCCAGCAAUAUAAUCUAGUGUCUAACAGUAGCUAUGUUUAUGGUAACAUUGCACCUUAUUUGUAUCAUCAACCAUCUAUUUAAGACACUGGCUGAGGGUGUUGUGGCUGCCGACGACUGCUGUGAGGUAUUCUGCUUUUUAGUAAAACAUUCACCUUUAUUUAGGUGUACUAUUAAUACUGGAGUGCAAAACAAGCAUAACCAGUAGUAUUUUGAUGUAGUAUAGCAUGAUGUACUGUCACAGGUUCCUGGUACCUGUACAACAUGAUAUACUCCCAUAGUUCUUGGUACUAGUAUAACAUGAUACUGUCCUGUAUACUAUUAAGGGUUCCUGGUACUAGUAUAACAUGAUAUACCCCCCUGUACUGCGAGUUCCUGGUAAUAGUACAACAUGAUAUACUGCCACAGGUUCCUGGUACUAGUAUAAAAUUAACUACUGUCACAGGUUCCCAGUACUAGUAUGACAUGAUAUACUGUCACAGGUUCCCAGUACUAGUAUAACAUGAUACAAUGUACUGUCACAGGUUCCUGGUACUAAUAUAACAUGAUAUACUGUCACAGGUUCCUGGUACUAGUAUAAUAUGAUACUGUAUUGCGAGUUCCUGGUACUAGAACAUGAUAUACUGUCACCGGUUCCUGGUACUAGUACAACAUGAAAUAUUGCCACAGGUUCCUGGUACUAGUACAUGAUAUAUUUCCACAAGUUCCUGGUACUAGUACAACAUGAUAUAUUGCCACAGGUUCCUGGUACUAGUACAUGAUAUAUUCCCUCAAAGCGG